AUGCCACCGCUGUAUGAGAUGGACGAUUAUGACGUCUGCAUGACAGAAGCAGAGGGCACUUACUGUAUCGCGGACUUCGAUCUAUUCUCCAGAUCUCGGUCUCCUCUGAUGCAUUUAAUUCAGCAAUAUUCAGCAUACACAAAGAAGCAUUACAAUCACACACAAAUACACAGAGGUUUGUGUGUUACAAGGACGUGUAAAGACUAUUUAGAAAAUUUUAAUAAGACUAUGGCCCUGAACGCGACCCUUGGCCCAUGUCUAAACGAAACAAUAUGGAAAAACUAUGGGAUUGAAGCCAAAUUGUCAACAAUACAGUAUUGUAAAAGAAAAGAUGAUAAGAAAGUAAUCGGCUAUGGUACUUUCGCUAUUAUUGGCGUUUACGGUCUAGUGUUGUUAUUGAAUAUGAUUGGCACGUUCUACGAAACAAUUUUAUCUAAAGAUGAAAACAGAACAGGAAACAAAUAUUUACUAGCGUUCUCCUUAAAAAGAAAUUGGAAAAGAUUGGUUGCGCCCAGCGGAAAGGGUUCAGAUGAAAGACUGAACAAGCUUAAAGCACUCAAUGGUUUGAGAUCUAUGACGAUGGUGUGCAUUAUUUUCUCACACACAGCUCUCACUUUGGCGUUUACGUAUAUUGAAAAUCCUCUUUACUUUGAAAAGGCCUAUGACGAUCCAUUUAAGCAGAUCCUAUUCAAUGGUAUAUUGGUAACAAUGACCUUCUUUGUUAUGUCUGGUUUUCUACUCGUGUACAAUUUCUUAAUCCACGCCGAGAGCCAUGAGAUUACAUGGGUCGAUUUUCCCAAAGGAGUUUUAUUACGAUGGAUCAGAUUGACACCUACAUACGCUCUUCUCAUCGGCACUAUUGGUUGUAUCGUACCUUAUUUCGGAGACGGCCCCUUGUGGCAGCUUACUGUGACCAGUGAAUCCGACGCCUGUCGCAAUAAGUGGUGGACAAACAUACUUUACAUAAACAAUUACAUGUAUAGCGACAGCAAUUGUAUGCCGCAAUCUUGGUAUCUAGCUGCCGACACGCAGCUAUUCUGUUUUAGUCUUCUCGUGCUGGUAAUAGCCCGGACACCCCGCUCUCGUAAGAUAGCAACAUGGCUAAUGUUCCUCAUGUCUAUAGUCAUCACAGCAUCGAUCACAUACUACCAGAAACUAGAUGCUACUGUCAUUCAGACACCUGAAUCAUAUCGUAACCUCUACAGCAUGAACCCGACAUUCAAAGCUGUAUAUAUACCAGGUCACACAAACUUGUCCUCAUAUGUACUAGGUUUCAUUGCUGCCUUACUCACUUAUAAAUGGCAUAACGAGAAAAAAGAUUUCUCCAAAUAUAGGAGCUAUCUCUGGGCUUACUGGCUUGUAUUCCCGGCUGGUGUUCUUAUCAUUCUAUCCGGUGGAUUCUUCUACAUUGACGGUCUGGAGCCCUCGCAACUGUUCAAAACUAUAUACGCCACUUUCUACAAAAUCGUCUUCCAAAUCCUUGUCACUAUCAUCAUGGUCGGAUGUUUCUUUAAAUAUGACAAUGUGUACCGUGUUAUUUGUGAAUGGCGUGGAUUUACAUGGAUGGGAAGGAUUUCAUAUAGUGCCUUUCUUGUACACACCUUGUUCCAGCGAUGUCUACUGGGAAUACAGAUGAAGCCUAUAUACGUCUCCGACUUUUAUGUGUCGGUGUUGCUACAUUCAUCGAUUUUCACAUCGUACCUACUCGGAGUGUCACUUUACCUAUUCGUGGAGUCUCCAGUAGCGGGACUUGUCAAGGCCAUACUAACCCCAACAAGACGUAAGACUGAACAGGAGAAUAAUAAGUAA